AUGAUGGUCAACCACUCCAGGGCCACUGAAUUCUGCCUCCUAGGCUUCCCUGGGUCCCAAGAACUACAUCACAUUCUUUUUGCUAUAUUCUUUUUCCUCUAUUUGGUGACAUUAAUGGGGAACAUGGUCAUCAUCAUGAUUGUCUGUGUUGACAAACGUCUGCAGUCCCCCAUGUAUUUCUUCCUUGGCCACCUCUCUGCCUCGGAGAUCCUGAUCACAUCCAUUAUCAUCCCUGUGAUGCUUUGGGGGUUGCUGCUUUCUGGGAUGCAGACAAUAUCUCUGCCUGCAUGUGUUGCCCAGCUCUUCCUGUACCUUGCUGUGGGGACCACAGAGUUUGCGUUACUGGGAGCAAUGGCUGUGGACCGUUACGUAGCAGUCUGUAACCCUCUGAAGUACAACAUCAUUAUGAACAGCCACACCUGCUUCUGGGUAAUGGUGUCAUGGGUAUUUGGGUUUCUUUCUGAAAUCUGGCCAGUCUAUGCCACAUUUCAGUUUAGUUUCUGCAAAUCAAAUUUGUUAGAUCACUUUUACUGUGACCGAGGGCAACUGCUCAAACUGUCCUGUGGUGACACUCUUUUCACAGAGUUUGUCCUUUUUUUAAUGGCUAUUGUCAUUAUCAUUGGUUCUCUGGCCCCGACAAUUGUCUCCUACAUCUACAUCAUCUCCACCAUCCUUUAGAUCGCCUCAGCCUCUGGCCACAGGAAAGCCUUCUCUACGUGUGCCUCCCAUUUCACCUUUGUUGUGAUCGGCUAUGGCAGCUGCCUGUUCCUCUAUGUGAAACCCAAGCAAACUCAGGCAGCUGAGUACAAUAAGAUAGUUUCCCUGCUGAUUUCUGUGUUGACUCCUUUCCUGAACCCUUUCAUCUUCACGCUCCGGAAUGACAAAGUCAAAGAGGCCCUUCGAGAUAGUAUGAAAUGCUGCUGUCAACUCCUCAAGGAAUAA